CAUAUGAACUGAUGAUGCCUCUGCUGAGAAGAAGAUCGAUACUCUUUUUCUGUGCCGCUAUACGAUUGUAGAAAAUAAAUUUGCUUCCAUUGUCCUGGGAAUUAUAGAAAUAUCAUAAUUUCAUUAGGUAUUAUGUUGCAAGUAAAUGAAUGAAAACAAGUUGGAACAUUCAGAAGAAUUUAACAUUGAAGAUAUUCGUGCUAAAAUGUAUGGAAAGGUACUUAACCAACAGUGAAAUAAUUUUCCAUAUCGCCAAAAACAAAUAUUAUCCCUCCAAAAAUCGGAAAGCUUUAAUAAUUCAAACACUGAAAGAGAAAACACCUUGAAAGAGAAGAUAAAAAGCAUGGGAAUAUUUGGCCAGUUCAGCACAGAAAAUAAUCUUGAUCAAAUUUGAAAGCAAAUCAAUCAAUGAAAUGAGCCAGUCAUAUUUAAUGACUUUAUUUAGCUUUUGUGAUAAUAACAGAGAAAAGGCAAUAGCAAAAGUUUGGAAAUUACUCAAUCCUGUAGUCUAAAUAGAUUUAAUUGGCAUAGACAUAAAACUUUCUUUACUUAAGUUUUAUCUUCCAGGCAUUAUUUGUUGUUAAUAUUUCCAAUGGAGAAACAACAGUACAUUUUGAAUCUAUCGCUUGAACAAAUAACGCUAAGAAAAGUCGCUAUUAUUUUGUGGAGCCAAGCUGAUAUUUUAAAACUAAUAAAAUCAUUUCAUUGGCGGUCACUAAUUAGUGAUGAUACGAUACGAGUGUGGCAGAACUCAAUAGAAAGCAAAGUGAAAGCAAAAGCAUCAGUAAUUCUGUUACCUGAUACAGUUAAGGAGGAACUUAUGGAUGUUAUUAAACCUAUUGGUCCUGAAAUAUUGAAAUGGAAAAAUUAUCAUCAAUUAUUGACUUCGGAUCCAUAUUUAACCUCAAAUGUCUUGCAUCAACUUUGUUGGACAUCUGUAGGAACUGUAGAUUAUAAAAAAACUGCCGAAAUAUUGAUAAGACAGCAACGGAUGGAUAUUAUGAGUAGCUAUAAACUAGCAUGUAUGUACUGUUUGGAUGACAGCAUUGAAACAAUCUGGGAGAAAUUAUCUGAAACUAAUAAAAGACUUUUUUAUGAUGAAGAAACCCCUUUACGUAUUAGACAGCCGGAACUAAUUAUUUUUUGGACAUACUUUAUUAAAGGUGAAAUCGCUAAGCUGGAUGUUUUUAUUAAUGGAAACAGAAAUGAACGCGAACGCGAACGUACUCUUUACCAAUAUGCGUUUGAACAUGCAGCCCUGAGUGGUAAUAAAGUAGCAACUGAGUACUUUUAUCAAAAAUUAACGUCCGAAGAAAGAGAAGUUUCUUUAUUGGAAACAGCUGAAAGUAUAGUAAAUAAGCGAUGUUCCAGUGUUCUUAAUGUCCUGUAUGAUUUUCCAAAAGAAAAUUUUUGUAGUGUUUUAUGUUAUUUGCUAUCUAAAAUGAGUGAAGAAGAACAGAUACAAGUGUUUAAAAGUAAUCCUUAUGGAACCCUGUAUUGUUUUAUAGAUUGGCCAUGGCAAGAUCUCUUAAUAAAAGUUGCAGGGCUCUUGUGGACCUUUUUACGUGAUAAUGACUACGAUUUAAUAAUUUGGAUUCUUGCCAGAAAUCGUACCAUGACUGGGUAUAACUAUCCAAAAUUACUAGCUGAACUUUUUCUGCAAGCUCCUAGUCAUUGUAGAAAUUAUAUAAUAGGAAGAUAUCAAUUUUGGUUUCCUGGUCUUAUUUACACUAACAAUACAGAAAUUAUCAAAUUGAUUCUUAGAAACGUAGAUGAUAAAGACAGAGAGGGAUUCGUGUUAUGUAAAACCGGAUAUCAUCUAUGUUGGAAAUUAAUAGAAGAGGAAAAAUGGUCUUUACUUGAAUUGUUUGUUUCAGAAUGUAGAUUAUCGAGUAAAGCGACGACAAUACUGAAAAAUAAUUUUAUGCGUUAUAUCUCUCGUUAUUACAGAGAAAAUCAACUUAAAUUGAGAAAACGCAAAUGGGAAAGGUUCUUUCAGUUGAUAGAUAAAGCCAAAGUGAAGGAUGGCAAUGAAGGAAAUGUAGAAGAAGCGGAGAAAGAAGAAGGAUCAAUUAGAAACAGGCCGAAAAGAAAAUGCAAAAGAAAGAAUUAUUAAAUACUUUCAUUGAUUACAGUAAAUUUAACAUAUUUGUAAAAUUAACAGUAAAUUCAAUAAAUUUUAUAGUAAUAUUAUUUAUAAAAAAUUAAUAUCGAAUAGUCGUAUCGAUUAUUUCUUUUGUUUUUCAUUGUUUUCUUUUGUCUUUAAUGUGAUGUGAUAAUGUGAUUGAAAUAAAUGCAUUGUUCAUCGAAGAUAUCUUCAAAGUCCAAGUUUCCAGCCACAAAAAAAAAAAAAAAAAAAAAAAAAAAGAUAACAAAUCGAAGAAAUUUUUCGAAUUCUUUUUUUGAAAUUCGAUUGAAUUAUGUGGAAAAAUUUAUUACUUACGGUGAUUCUGAUAUUUCAAUUUUUGAAAGAGAAUUGCAAGCUUUCUACUUUUCACGAAUCAUUCGGACGAUGCGUAUCAUACGAAUUCAUAUGAACACUUCUCAUAUCAAGAAGAACUUGCAAAUUCCAGACUGGUUACUUGCAGAGAUUCAGAUAUAACAUUUUUUGAAAGAGAAUUGCAAGCUUUCUACGAAUCAUUUGAACGGUGCGUGUCGUAGGAUUUUACACGAACAGUUUUCAUAUCAUUGAAACCGAAUUCCUAAGAUUCACUGUAGAGGAGAAUAUUGAUAUUUCUUCUGCAUGGUCAAAUAUUAUAAAACUUUUUUCUUGAUAAUAAAUUGGCAUUUACUUUUUUUGUA